AUGGAUGCAAACGAGCACAGCAAAGUUCAACAUCCGGACGAACGUAAGUGCACUCAACAGAAACGUCCUCGCGUUGAUGAUGACGAUGAAAUUGACAGUGGCAAUGACAGCGCCCCAUCAAUUGCAAGCGACAUCUCUAGUAAUGAAAACAACAUGGACGAUGAUGGUUUCAUCACAGUAGUUCAUAAGAAAAACCGUAAAGCGGGAAUUCCCGUGAUUCUCAAGCCUGUAAACCCCGAGCAGUCAUUUCUAAAAGCAAACCCUAAUGUGGUAGCAAAAGAGGUUCUACAAGCAACUCAAGAACGAAUAAAAAAGCACAGGAUCGCUACUGAUGGCAGCCUUGUGAUAACAGUUGCCACACUCCCAGCAGCUAAAGCCCUCUUGGCUCUGACUAGCGUCGCUAGCAUCGCAGUUACUACACGAGUACCAGACUCCUAUGCCAGGAACAUAGGAAAGAUAAGUGGAAUGAGGUAUCAAUAUACGGACGAACAGUUGCUAGAAUACUUUCGCCCACUCGGAGCUAUUGACGUCUGUCGACAACGGUCCUAUCAAGAGACAGAAGAUGGUGACUCGCAAGUGCAAAAUUCGCACACUGUCAUCAUAACUUUUAAAUCAGAAAUAAAGAUGCCAGAAGAAAUCCAUCUUGGAUUUCACACAUACCAAGUUGAAGAGUAUUUUACUCCUACGCAAUGUUUUAAAUGCCUACGUUUCGGCCACCUGGCUAGAAACUGUAGGGGGCACACACGUUGCAAGUACUGCGCCGGCCCCCACCAACACAAAGAAUGUACAACUAAACGUGAAAAGAAAUGUGCUAACUGCCAGGGGCCUCACACUGCCACAUACGGAGGCUGCCCCAAACGAAAGAUUGCUGCAAGGUCAGUCAAGCAUAAUGCGUAUGAAGAGAAAGUAACCAGAAAAGAAAUCCGGACCAUGAAUGCUGAGUUGGUCCAUAUACCAGAGACUGCACCCCCAGAUAUGUCAGAAGAAAACUUCCCAAAUCUUCCGCGCAUCUCUAAGAAACCCGAAAUACAAAAGGCUAACACAAGUGGAUCUCAGCCCCACCCUGCUGCAAAGCCUAAGGCAAGCGUGUGGGAAACAGAAGACACCAAGAAAAGGGCCAAAAACCCUGUGCCAGCCCCAAGACGUAAAAGGCGCACUCAACUUGAGCAACACAACGCCGAGCAACAGAAUACAAAGCAAAGAAGCAUGCAAGACAAAGAGGCUGUAGCUUCACACGACAGCCGCCGAGAUGCCCGCCAGCAAAUAACCCCAUUUGAUGGAUCCACACUGGUUAUGCAGAUAAUACCCUUCGUAAUAGCUGCACUCAAAGCAGUAGUAGCCUCGCUCCCAAAUGCACGGGAUAUCCCAGAAGUCAAGCAAGUUCUCGCACUUGAACCGGAGCUUCUCAGAGUACUCACCGCAACCCAUCAUGGAUAA